AUUAAAAAGAAAAAUCCUUUCUUAUUCUCAGUGCUGAUAUGGAAAUAGUAGCUUAUAGGCUACAUAAUUAAAAAAAAAAAUCACUUUCCUAAAGCAAGCUCAAAAGUCUGCAAACAAUGGCUUGCACUCAAGUUAAUGCAUAUACAGUAUAGGACUAUGUUGAAUGUUUAUGCAGUCCAUCAGAACACAGGGUGGCAGUAAUGUCUUAUUUGUGUCUUUGCAAACGGAAACACGCAUGCACAGAACAAAAACGGCUUGAGGGUUGUGUCUAGAAGGUAACCCGCAAAUUGCGAAAACGUGCAAAAACUCUCGCGAGAGACCUUAACUAUCUCGAGAGAGCUUCCCAAAUUGUGGGUUACCUUCUAGACACAACCAGGCUUGACGGCUGCAGCAGUUUGGGACCAAAGUAAGAAAGCAGUAUCGAGAUGGAGAUGCAGCUACCGCCUCACGAGGGAGACGAGCUGUCAGUGGUCGACAUGCACACAGGUGGAGAGCCUUUACGGAUCAUCCGCAGCGGCUACCCAGAGGUCAAAGGUGACAGCGUGCUGUCCAAACGCCGUUACGUCCGGGAACACCUGGAUCACCUCAGGAGGGUGCUGAUGUUCGAGCCGCGGGGACACUACGACAUGUACGGUGCCCUGAUCGUGGACAGCGAGCUGACCGAGGCUGACCUGGGGGUGCUGUUCAUGCACAACGAGGGAUACGGCACCAUGUGUGGGCACGCCGUCAUCGCGCUGGGGCGCUUUGCUGUGGACUACAAACUGGUGAAAGAACCACAGUCGCCAGAGACUCAAGUGAACAUACACUGUCCCUGUGGUCUGGUGAAGGCGUUUGUCGAGUACUCUGAUGGUAAAACAGGAGGAGUGAGGUUUCUCAGCGUGCCAGCGUUUGCGUUUGCUACAGAUGUGACGGUGGCGGUGGAAAAGUUUGGUGAUGUGAUGGUUGACAUCAGCUAUGGUGGAGCCUUCUACGCCUUCGUAGACGCCCAGAGGUUUGGCCUCGAUGUGACCAAGUCCAGCACUCGAGAUCUGGCCGACGCAGCCACAGCGGUGACCAACGCCGUCAAAUCUCAGGUGAAGUUGCACCACCCAACCAGUGAUGAUUUGGCCUUCCUCUAUGGCACCAUCCUCACUGACGGCAAAGAUAAUUAUUCCUCUGAUCCCACCGCCAACAUGUGUGUGUUCGCUGAAGCUCAGGUGGAUCGGAGCCCCUGUGGUUCUGGUGUUACAGCCCGCGUGGCUCUUCAGUAUCACAAAGGCCUCAUCCAGCUGAACCAGACCAGGACGUUUCAGAGUGGAGCUACUGGAUCCCAGUUCACAGGGAAAGCUGUCGAGGAGACCAAGUGUGGAGACUUCAAGGCCGUAGUGGUGGAAGUUGCCGGCAGAGCUUUUUACACCGGAGUUUCGCGCUUUGUGCAGGAGCCAGAUGACAAGCUGACACAUGGUUUUCUACUGAAGUGAGCCUCAAUUACAGGUUGUGUUAUUAAAAAAAAAAAAACAGCUUAAAACCCAACAGAAAAGCUCUCCAAGAAGAGUAUUGGAUCUGUAAUAAACUGUGUUAAAGAGAUUGUAUCAACAUUUUCUGUUUUCUAUCUAAGAGUUAACAGCCUGUUCUCAUUCCCAGGGCGUCAAAUACCGACGCUUUGUCAUGGCCGUCGGCAUUUGAUACCGCAAAACGUAGUAGCUGUUAACUCAACCACGUUGUUUUUUUCCUAAACCUAAGCACAUGUUUUGUUUACUUUGCAACAUUCAGCAUGUGUUUACUGUGACCAAAAAAACAUGCUGAGCGGUCUGACAAAGCGUCAGUAUGUGACGAGUUUUGAUGAGAACACGUGAGUAAUACAUUAAUAAAUGAUGUAUGUAACAUUUUGUUUUGAUUUCAUUUCGGGUGAAACUAUCCACCAUUCAUGAGGACUAACAAAGUUUUUUUGGGGGAUUUGUAUUAAAUGUGUGACACCAUGGAGGUCAGGUAUUCUGUUCAGUAUCAUUUACUGACCACUAGAUGGAGCCAUGAGCCUGGCAGCUGUCAGUUCAAGAAAUACUUCAAGAAACA